GCAGAACAAAAUUAGCGAACGAACCAGCAAGCGACCGACUAGAAUCCACAGUAAGUUCGCUGUACUCCUUCGUUUGGAGCGAAAUAUUCCGUGAAAAUUGCGAAUAAUUGGUGAAAAUUUUACAAAAACUGCGUGAAAAAGUGAUCUUCUACCCGGAGUGUUUCGAAUUAGGUGUUGGUUUGCGCGUUUGGAUAGAUAUUUCGAAGCAUAUCUAGACCAAGUAACAACGUAGCGUAAUGGGCAAAGAUAUUGAUCCCGCGGACAUCGGCAAGCAUCCGGACCUGAUUCGUAAGGCGCAAGCCGAAAUGACCCAGAGCGAUGUGCUGGUAUGUGGCCGCUGUCACAGCGUGUUUCACUUUAUUGAACUGUUUAAGGAGCACAAGGAACAGGAGUGUCGCAAAGAGUCCACGCUGAAAGACUGCCGUGAAACUAAGGCAAAAGUUUGGGCCUUUUUGUUGUGGAAGGCGGCUCAACUGAAUGUAGAGGUAGCAGGGAAUGUUAAUUCCUGGAAGUUGUAUCAAACUUGGGUUAAGCUGGAGGAAUCGGUACGGGAGACAUGGAUCGUUGCUGGCAGAACAAUUCAGUCGUUUGCCAGGAUGGGACAAGGUAAUCUUCAAGAAAUGCCUGUUAAAAUUACUAAAACUAUUAUCGAAAGUGGACCCGAAGAAAAGAAACCAGCAAUUACUCCGGCAAACACAGUAAACACUGCUACGAACCGUUUUAUCCCUACUCGCAAACCAGAUGUCAAGCCGAGCAUCUCUCCGGUAGCGUCGGUCACCAAUAAGGUCGAAAGCGAUGUGAAAAAAUCUCCAAUUCCUGUUCAACCCAGAAAACCGGAAUUGAAUCCCAUCAACAAGGGUGUUGGAAAACGGUCCGUCGCCAAGCGCACUACUCCUGGUAGCGGCGAAGUCAUCGAGGAGGAAGUCGAAAAGAUCUUGGCCAAAAGGUUCAAUCCUCGCCGGAAGGAACACGAGUAUCUGGUCAAGUGGUCCAAGUUUGCCCAUGACCAGAAUACCUGGGAACCGCUUAUCCAUCUACAAACAUGCCAAAGUGUUCUCGAAUAUUUCGAAGUGCAGCUGGCAAAGCAGAAGGAACAACGAGCGGCAGCAGCUGCCCGAACUUUGCAGCAACAGCAGGCGGAAAAGGCCAAGGCAGCAACGGCGGCUUCCGUUUCGAUGACUAGUUCGUCGCCUAAUAUCACUUCUCAGACCGCAGUAACUGUGACCAAACCACCAGUAGCGGUUACCGUGACACCAAACACACCCUCCGCAACACCCAUAGUUGUUCCGUUGGCACAAAGUUCACCUCUUACCAACAGACCUUUACGAAAUUCGAAGGUCAAUGCGAUGGAUAAAGUCAAGCAGUGGGUUGGUAGCACGAUGGCUGCUGGAAGCGGGAGUUCUGACAACGAGGAAGCAGCUAGUAAAAGAAAAAUUAGCGACAGCGAUUUCGAUAUCGAGGAAGAAGGUGGGUUGAAGAAAUUUAGAACGGAAAAUGUAACUGUUGGCCAAGCGUUGGUGAAACCUGGUGUGAAGGUUGUUCCAGUUGGAGUGAAAUCGCCCGUCAAAGUAGUCAACGGAGUGGGGUCGUCGAAGAAGGACGAUGGAAAUUCAGCAGAGGUAAUUGUUAAAACCACAAAAGAUGGUACAGCUAGCGGUGUUGUGAAGAAACCAGGUUUCACCAGUGCAAAGAAUGUCGCCGGGGAAGCUAAGGUACAAAUCGUUAAUCGUGGUGAGGUUCCCAAGCAAGGUGUAUUCAAAGUGAAUGCAAGUACGCCUUCGCCGCAAUCAUCGCCUGCUCCACUCAGCAGGACAACGCCACCUUUAACUACCACCACAACAACUACGCGAAUCGUACGUAAGAACAUUGGUGGAACACAACAGUUGGUCAAACAGGUUGUUCGAACCACGAUUCCUAUACAGCAGGCCUCAUCUCCAUCACAACAACAGCGGCAGCCUUUGCAAAAAGUUGUCAACAAUGCCAAUCCUGCUGGAGCCCCGAUUCCAAAAGUCACUACUAACGUUAUCCAGCGAAGCUCCUUGUCACCUAAGCUUUCACCACCGAUGAACAAAUCACCUAUUAAUCGAAACAUAAAACCUUCACCGGUCUCAAAAACCAGUACCACUUCAGAACAGAAAAUAAACGCUCUCCGCAAGCAAGGUUUGAACAUCGUUAAGCGAGUCGUAUCCCCUCCUGCUUCCUUGGACCAGAAAGCUGACGCUCAACAAGGCCACGACGAGGACGAAGACGACGAACUACCAGAUCCAUUCCCAUCUGCUUCGCCUGUUCAAAUUCCGCAAUCACCACCACGCGCCCUAACGCUCUGCCCUGUCACUGGAAAAGUGCUGGGUCAAGCUGAAGGCGAACCAACGCCAGUGCCAAGUCCGGAGAUUGAGGAGGACAAGUCAAAAACGAAGAAAAAUUCACCGCACAUGUCUCAUGAACAACAACAACACGAACUUGGACAGGAACAGGACACUCAGGUACAACAGAUUUUGACGAACGAAGAUGGCUCGCCGAUUAUUGUUGCCGGAGAAGACGGAACUCUGUACCAGGUUGCUGGAAAGAAUGCCGAAGGUCAAACUAUUCUGAUCGCCCAGGGCGCGGACGGAGAACAGCAGUGUGUGUUGGUUGCUGCGCAGGAAGGUGAAGGCGAGGCUGAGGCUAAUGUACUAACGUUAGACGCAGCAGUGUCAGAAGCGGUGACUCACAUAGGGGUACAUCAGGAGGGUCAACAGCUGACGGAAGAACAAGCUGCACAGUACAAAAUGCAGGAAGGUGUAGAUCCUAAUCAGCAACUGACGAUUCAGACCGAGGACUCCCAGGACGGCCAAAUCACCGCUGAAGUGGUUCAAGCUGAUCAGCCAUCACCUGGUGGCACCCGGCGAGUGGUUCUGCUUUUACCGGACGGAAGCUUCAUGAUGACUGAAGUGAAUGAAGAACAGUAUCAGUCGUUGAAUUUAGUGAACUAAACAUAGCAGAGGGUGUGUUAGGAUAUAUUUACGAAUUUCUUCAUGACUCGUAAAAUGUUACGCGUCAUCUAUUUAACUUUAACAGAUAGGUACUAUGUUUUAAGCUCUAGAUUAGCUAUACAAGUGUGUUUAGUUAAUAUUGUUUUAAAUGUUCCGAUUGACAUUCAAACUAGACAUUACAAAAGAUUUGUACAGAAAUUCCGCUAAUAUUUAAUCAUGUGGUAAAAGUGAGGUAUACUCCGAGAAGUUUUUGUUUCUCAAUUUACACGUUUUAGUUGUACAUACAUAACAUGUAUUACAUAUGUAUGUUACAUUAAAACAUUAGCGGUUCAGCCUAUGCGUGUUUAGUAUAGUAAAAGAAUAUAAAUGUCUGAAAUAAUAUAGGUUAACAUAGGCGGUUCGAUACGUUUAUUUGUUAAUUCCAAGUUCUUAGAAAACAUGAUCGAAGGUUGGGGCUCUCUAUUCUGAAUUUUGGCUCGCUUGCGCUAGAAUACGAUCCAAAACAAAAGAACCCGAUCCCAGUAAAGCUAAUAAAUGGAUGCAGUGACGUAGAGUGUAAACAGCAA